AUGGCGUCGAGGGACUUCUUGGGCAGGUUCGGCGGCGAGAAGGGCUCGUCGUCGGACAAGGCGGGGGGCGGCGCCGGCGAGCCCGACGAGGUGGUCGAGCUCAGCCUGGGCCUGUCCCUGGGCGGCUGCUUCGGCGCCAACUCCGGCCGGGACGCCAAGAAGCCGCGGCUGGUGCGCUCCUCCUCCCUCGCCGCCAUGUGCUCGCUCCCGGGCACCAGCGACGACCUCGCCGCCGCCACGCCCUCGCCGGCGCCGCUGAUGCGCACCAGCUCGCUCCCCACCGAGACGGAGGAGGAGCGGUGGCGCCGCCGCGAGAUGCAGAGCCUCAAGCGCCUCCAGGCCAAGCGCAAGCGCCUCGAGCGCCGCACCUCCAUGAACUCCGGCAAGUCCGGCGGCAGCAGCAGCCGGGACGACGCCCAGGAGCCGCUCUACCCCAGCGCGUUCCAGCUCCGCCGCUCCGUCGUCGACCAGGGGAACACCUCCUCAAGCAUGCCGGAGCAAGCUGCCUGUUCUGGUAGCGCUGAUGGCGCUGAGGCGAAGAGCACAUCGAGCAUGGAGAUAUCUUCUGAUAAUAAUAAUAAUAACAAUGCCAGCAACCAGAACAAGUCCCUCCCGCCGCCGGCACCAUCUCCGGCCGGGAAGCUGCCGAACGGCAUCGUCAAGGAGCAACCGCCGUUGCGGACCCUCCGGUCGCUGACGAUGCGCACGACUAGCACCGGCGACCUGCGGAAGAGCAUGAUGGAGGACAUGCCGAUGGUCUCGUCCAAGGUGGACGGCCCCAACGGCAAGAAGAUCGACGGCUUCCUCUACAAGUACAGGAAAGGGGAGGAGGUGAGGAUAGUGUGCGUCUGCCAUGGCAACUUCCUCACGCCGGCGGAGUUCGUGAAGCACGCUGGCGGCGGCGACGUCACGAACCCGCUCAGGCACAUCGUCGUCAACCCCGCGCCGUCGGUCUUCUUGUAA